ACUUGGAUGUAUAACCUCCCCGUUCGCAGAAAAAAAGCGCUAACCUCCCUGUAGCCACCUCCACACAAAUGUACCGUAGAAAAAGGAAACACACUACUAUUUCGUUUUUCUAUACACAUCGUCUCUCCCUCCCCAAUUCCUCCAUGGCCACUGGGUUGUCGCCGCCACAUCUGAUUCCGGAUAGCUCCGGUGACCGCUGCUCGCCGGCCCAGCGCGCUCUCGGUGCUCACCUCCCAUCUUCCACCGUGUCCAUGUCCUUCAUGCCCCUGGACGAGCCCCCGCAGCAACCCUAGGCACCACGGGUCGCCGUAGCGGAUCCAGCGCCUCCUCUGUUUUUAGUCUCACUACCCCAUGUAUCCUCACGCGCUGUUACCAGCUCGGGCACGAAGGUGCUGCUCCACCUCGGCUACCUCUACUCUGAUCCGACACCGACGAUUCAUUAUUAUGAGGAUAAAGGAGCCGGAAACGACAUCAGUGAUAUUUGCUUCAGGAAAGAUGGCAUGCACAGAAGGAAAGAGUGAAGAACACUCUCAAGCUUACUGUCAGGAAGUGCAGUAUGCAGAGUUGCCCAAAAGCUUGGCUUCACAACUACAUUUUAGGUUACAGAAACCAGAUAUGAUUCCAAAUCGUUAUUCUGGGUGCUAAAAUCUAGAAAAUCACAGUGCCAGUUGAAUUUGCGAUGAGGUAUUUUUCUAAUUGUCGUUAUAUAUUGUUUCUUCACUAGUUCAAAGGGAUUUUUUAAUUUGUAAUAUCAUUCCUUGAAUAUUUUUUAUUAUCUAGCAUAUGCUUCUCUUUUUUUCCCACCUAGUUUUCACAAGAGAACACUUUUCUUGCAUCUGAAAAUGGCCAUACAUCUUCUGUGAGACAAGACUCUGUGCGGUAGAUUAGGUAAAACAAUUCAUCAACUACUGUAUGCUUGCCUUAUGUUCCCUACUUCCUAUUAAAAACCUCUGUUUCUAUUAACAUGGUGAAAAUUAAUAGUGGAAUGAACUGAGUUGGUUUACUUUAAGCUAAAAUAACUAUUUAUAUCUAUAGAUGUCAUUCCUGUAGAUCUAACUAGUCUGGAUUUUGAGCUAGGACAUAUCCAACUAUAUGUUUUCACUCAUGCUACAUUGCUGACCAGUCACGUUAAUUUACUUGAUAUCAAUUAGCUAUGCAUUUUAGUACUGAAAUGUGAGAUGAUGCCUAAUGAAGUUUUUCUCAACAGAGUAGAUUGCUAUUUCAGACUAAAAAUCUAUACAAGAAUGUUGCUCUUGUUACAUUCCAAAGUAUCGACCAAGAAUAUAAAGCUAAAGUUGACGGUGUUAAAAGCUUGGUAUUGCAAGUUAAUGCUACAUUAGCAGAAUCUGAUAAGUUGAUGCAAUCACUAAAAAAUCAAAAUUAUUUGUCAUACCGCAAGAUUAAUUACCAUAUUGCCUUAAACUUUUUGUAUGCUCCUCCUCUCAGUUUUACCACCUUGUUAGAUCUCAUUUCUUUG